GAAAUUUGUGUUCCCAGAUUUCUUCCAACACCCGGAUUUUCUCUGCUAAAAACCCUACACCCUCAAUGCAUCCCUUGUUUGGAAGAAAGGGCGAAUUUUCCUUGGAACCCAAAUUUUGUUUCAGUGCGGUAUAAUCGAAUUUCACUUGGUUUUUCUAAAAGCACGAGUUCGAUUUGAUUUUGCCCUGCUUCUGCCACUUUUUUUUUUUGUUCAAAACAGUGAUUGAUAGAAAUUGAAAAAUUGAAUUUCCUUGGUGAGUUGGAAGUGAGAGUGGCAUUGGUGAAGUUGAAUUGGAUUGCAGGGAGUGUGGUGUGUGUUGAAUGGUUAAAAUUGAUGAGAGGAUGUGAAGGGCAUUGAGAGGAGCAUGUGAGAUAAGAUGAGUAGUGGGUCAUUGGGCAUUCGUUCUGCGAGUUAUGGGUGUUUGGAGAAGCAGCUACAGAAUGGAGUGUCACCUAUUCUAACAGCACGCAAGCCUCCUAAGAUGCUGAAGGAGAAAGAGAGGUUAUUCCUUUGGAUCUGCAAGUUUGCUGGCAGAAAGAAGGUUGGAAUGCUCUUUCUCUGUAUCAUCUCAGCUGCUGUUUUCGUCUGGGUUUUGUACGUUGGAAAAGGUGAAGAUUCACAGGAGGGGAACAGUGUGCAUAAUAACAUUAGUGUUAAUGAAAGUGUGUCUAUAAGUGAUUCUCCAUCUGUGAUCUCUACCGCAAAUAUGAUGGGAUUCACUACAAGUUUGGUACUACCUCCUCCUCCCCCUAGCUAUUUUCUUGGUUACACUCUUUCUCCUGGUCAUCCAUGUAAUAGUUUCACACUUCCUCCGCCACCAGCAGAUAAAAAGCGUACAGGGCCACGGCCUUGCCCAGUAUGUUACCUUCCUGUGGAUGAAGCCAUCGCACUCAUGCCAAAGUUUCCAUCACCUUCUCCAGUACUUAAGAAUUUGACAUAUAUCUAUGAGGAAACUCUCAGCAGGGAUGGAGAAUUUGGUGGUUCAGACUUUGGUGGAUAUCCUACUUUGAGGCAGAGAAAUGAAUCUUUUGAUAUACGAGAGUCAAUGAGUGUGCACUGUGGAUUUGUAAGAGGAACUAAACCUGGCCGCAACACAGGAUUUAAUAUGGAUGAAGAUGACCUUCUCGAAAUGGAGCAGUGUCAUGGCAUAGUUGUUGCAUCAGCUAUAUUUGGGAAUUUUGACGUGAUAAAUGAGCCAACAAAUAUAUGCGAGUAUUCAAAGCAGACUGUAUGCUUCCUUAUGUUUGUAGAUGAAGAAACAGAGAAAUAUUUGAGGAGCUCUGGCAGGUUGGGAACCAGCAAGAAGAUUGGUUUGUGGAGAAUUAUUGUUGCUCGUAAUCUUCCUUACACAGAUGCAAGACGCACAGGGAAGAUUCCAAAGCUUCUGUUGCAUAGAAUGGUUCCAAAUGCUCGCUACUCUAUAUGGCUUGAUGGAAAGCUUGAGCUUGUCGUUGAUCCAUAUCAAAUCCUUGAAAGGUUUUUGUGGAGGAAGAAUGCAACUUUUGCCAUAUCCAAACAUUACAGACGCUUUGACGUAUUUGUUGAGGCCGAGGCAAAUAAAGUUGCUGGAAAGUAUGAUAACACCUCCAUUGACUUUCAGAUUGAGUUUUACAAGAAUGAGGGACUGACUCCAUAUACAGAGGCCAAACUUCCUCUUAUAAGUGAUGUUCCUGAAGGAUGUGUAAUAGUACGAGAACAUGUUCCUAUUAGCAACCUCUUUACUUGUCUUUGGUUCAACGAAGUUGACCGAUUUACCCCUAGGGACCAGAUCAGUUUCUCAACUGUCAGGGAUAAACUUUUGUCGAGGGUGGAUUUUCAUUUUCUCAUGUUCUUGGAUUGUGAAAGACGCAACUUUGUAGUUCAGAAAUAUCAUAGGGAUUUAUUAGAGCGCAUGGCUGCUCCGGUGACUGUUACUCUCAGUUCACCACCGCCACCUUCUCCUCCCACAUUGCUUAAACUCGAAACUUUGCUGGAAAAGGUUGUAAUUCCAACAAUUAGGAAAGGCCCUGGAAGGCGUGGAAGAGACAAGAGACCGGGUUCAAGGCAGCACCGCAAAGUCGUGGCUGGAAGUAGGGACACAAACAUUGAAGCAAAUUAAAAAAUUUUGUUUGGGUGAUUAUAUGAUGAUUUCUUUUGUUUUGGCAUUCCACCUACACAAAUCAAAUUUCAGAGCAGAGCUGGAGGAAAACGUUGAAGCUGAGUGUUGUAUUUUUUCCACAUAGAAGCUCUCAUUCUUUUUACUUUCUGCAAUUUGUUCAACGCUAUUAAUUUUUUUGUUGUAUAUAGAGUAAAAUCCUCAAUAAUUAUAUCGCAAGGGUUGUCACUUGCCACCAAAUUCCUCAGAUGUGAUAACCCACUGUUGUUCCAUUAUCAUAGGAAAGAAGUGUAGUUCCUCUCAAUUUUACUCCAUCAUAGUCUAAUAAAGCGACGAGAAAUUAUUU